GUCACAGUCAUUUUACAAAGCACAAAGGACAGAAAGUUGGGGGAAAUAACCUGUGUUCUGCACGGAUAGUGCCAUCCAUAUUAUCAUGUGAUACCCCAAUUUAAGAUAAUCGCCUCCGUAUAAACCCCGCCUGCCUCUUACAUUUGAGAUAUGUGGCCCCUGGAUCAGUCACUACACAAGGAGAGGAAACCUGAGGCAGCUGAAGCGGAGAUCUUAGUGCUUCCCCUUGAAGAACCGGCCUGAUGGAAGACGCCUUUAAUCGCCCACCUUUAAGGCUGGUGGGGGGCAUGCCAAUUAUUGGGCCCUUUGCAGCUAACUGGGAGAAUGUGGAGCAGUUCCAGUUCAGAGAUGAUGAUCUGUUGAUUGCUACUUAUCCGAAAUCAGGGACUACUUGGGUGAGUAAGAUAGUGGAUCUAAUUCUAAACAAGGCAAAUUUGGAAGAAAGCCAAAAAUGCGCCAUUUUUGAGCGGGUGCCCUUUCUGGAGUGCUCAGGCCCAGGCGUGCCCUCAGCAACAGAUGUUCUCAACAAACAAAACUUACCGAGGGUGAUCAAAACCCAUCUCACAGUGGAUGUCAUUCCGAAGAGCUUCUGGGACAAGAACUUCAAGAUCAUCUACGUGGCCAGGAACGCAAAAGAUGUAGCCGUGUCCUACUAUCACUUUUAUAGGAUGGCGUAUGGGCACCCAGAGCCCGGAACAUGGGAUGAGUUUCUGAACAGCUACAUGGAGGGGGAUGUUGCGUUCGGGCGCUGGAGCGCACAUGUGAAAGGCUGGUGGAAGAUAAGGCAGCAAAAGAAGAUCUUGUACCUGUUUUACGAGGAGAUGCUUGAUGAUCCAAAGCGUGAGGUGGAGAAAGUAUUGAAGUUCUUGGGGAAGGAAAUAUCAGAGGAAGUUAUGGAGAAGAUUCUCGAGCACACGUCAUUUAAUGCCAUGAAGGACAACCCAAUGGCCAACUACAGCACCUUCCCAUUCAUGGAUCAUUCCAUCUCCCCAUUUAUGAGGAAAGGAAUCUCUGGAGACUGGAAGAAUCACUUCACGGUUUCCCAGAAUGAGAAGUUUGAUGAAUACUAUCGCGCAGAGAUGGCCGAUACCGACCUGACCUUCUCCAUGUAGGAACCAGAAUAGUUCCGAACCUCAGCUGGAGACUUGUUUAUCUGGAUGGACGGAAGCAUUCAUUCUCUGUUAUGUCAUUAUAUUGCAGAUGUUCAACAUCUUUAUCCAACUAUUUUUUUUUUUAUUAUAAUAAAGUUUUUUUUUUCUUUUUCCUUUCGCUGGCUUUCAAGAUGGCCGCCGGUCACCUUUGGUAAGACAUCAGCUUGUCACCUGAACCCCGGCACUUAAAAGGAAAACUGUCCGAUUUC